CACGCGCGCAGAAGUAGCCGCGUCUAGUGUAGUGAAUAUGCAGUGUAUGUGAUAGUACAGCCCAAGGAAACAUGAGGCUGUCACUGCAUCUGGCAGUGGUGCUUCUGGCGGUAUACCAUACCUGCCAGGCUGACCGCGCCGUUAGAGCCAUACCUAGCUUCUCCAAUCAGAACUAUGCUGUGCUAGGUGCGCCAAUAAAUGCUGAUUUAAACGAAGAUGGAUACUUUUAUCCGAAACCGAAAAUUCCCUUCCCGCCUCCGCCGCCGCCGCCGCCGCCGACUCUACCUCCUCGACCGCCACCACCACCACCCACUAGACCUCCACCACCUCCGCCAUCAACUGGGUACAUUUACGAAGCCCCCACAAGGAGACCCCCGCCGCCACCAACGCUAGCGCCAAAAACGAACGGUUAUGUGUAUGAAACGCCACGUAUCCCGUUCCCACCGCAGACGAGAGCGCCUCCACCACCACCGCCGCCACCGACGCUGCCACCUCCGACCAGACCACCUCCGCCCAGACCACCACCAACCAGACCACCACCACCACUUACAACAAGGGCACCUACUUAUACCACUAUAUUGAACACUUACCGAACUACUGGCUACAAUUAUCCUACACCUGAAGUGCGAUUGACAUACCCGACACCAAGACCAGUAACGUCCACAACUUUACUGCCAACUUAUAGGACAACAAGACCUACACCACGUCCAACCCAACCAACAUUCAGGACCCCUGGUUAUUCGUACACUACACCUCGAGUACCAUUUACGUAUCCGUCACCAACUACACCAAGGCCAAUAACGUCAACUACUUUACUACCAACAUACAGAACUACGAGACCAACGCCAAGGACCCAACCAACUCCACCACCAACAUUGAGAACAACUGGUUACACUUACACAACACCACGAGUGCCACUAUCAACUGGUUAUACUUAUACCACUCCUAGAAUACCAUUUACUUAUCCAACAUCGACAACAAUACGACCAGUAUAUAGAACCACAACAACAACACCAAGACCCACACAACCUCCUACUAGACCACCUACCUAUAGAACUACUGCUUACACUUACACAACACCCCGAGUGCCAUUUACUACUGGUUAUACUUAUCCUACGCCUCGAGUGACAUUUACAUACCCUACAAGUACCACUACAAGGCGACCCCCACCGCCACCACCCCCACGUACUCCACCACCACCCCCGCGUACACCUCCGACCUACUUACCUCCACCACCACCGACUCCACCUCCAACUAGACGACCACCACCACCACCUCCCCCACCACCCCCACGUACUCCACCACCACCCCCGCGUACACCUCCGACCUACUUGCCUCCACCACCGCCGACGCCACCUCCAACUAGACGACCACCACCACCACCGCCCCCACCACCCCCACGUACUCCACCACCACCCCCGCGUACACCUCCGACCUACUUGCCUCCACCACCACCAACUCCACCUCCAACUAGACGACCACCACCGCCACCACCCCCACCACCGCCACGUACUCCACCACCACCCCCACGUACCCCUCCGACCUACUUACCUCCGCCACCACCGACUCCACCUCCAACUAGACGACCACCGCCUCCACCACCUCCACCACCACCACGUACACCAGCAACUUACUUACCUCCACCACCACCGACUCCACCUCCAACAAGGCGACCACCACCACCACCACCUCCACGUACCCCACCACCACCUCCACGUACUCCACCCACUUACUUACCUCCACCACCACCAACUCCACCUCCAACUAGGAGACCACCGCCGCCACCACCCCCACGUACUCCACCACCACCCCCACGUACACCACCAACCUACUUACCUCCGCCACCACCGACACCACCUCCAACUAGGAGACCACCGCCGCCACCGCCACCACCACCACCACGCACACCUCCAACCUACUUACCACCGCCACCACCAACACGACCCCCUACAAGGCCGCCACCUCCUCCACCACCCCCACCACCGCGAACACCAGCAACAUAUUUACCGCCACCGCCGCCAACUAGACCACCCACCAGACCACCGCCACCACCGCCACCCCCGCCCCCAAGAACACCAGCCACGUAUUUGCCACCCCCACCUCCAACUAGACCUCCAACCAGGCCACCACCACCGCCAACGCGACCACCGACCAGACCACCGCCACCACCGCCUCCACCGCCGCCACGUACACCUGCAACAUAUUUACCACCACCGCCACCAACGCGGCCGCCUACAAGACCACCUCCGCCACCUCCACCGCCACCACGUACACCUCCUACUUACUUACCACCACCGCCACCAACUAGACCACCAACCAGGCCACCACCACCGCCGCCUCCCCCGCCGCCACGUACACCACCCCCACCACCAAGAACACCACCACCGCCUCCACGAACCCCGCCACCACCACCACGAACAAACCCAACGUACAGCACAAUUUUACCCGUGACUAGAACAACCGGAUACAACUACCCGCCUCCCAGUAUACCGUUCACUUUACCAACAACCAGGAGUCCACCACCAGUAUACAUUCCCCCUAGAACAACACCACCACCAGUAUACAUUCCUCGUACCACCAGACCGCCACCAGUCUACAUUCCCCCUAGCACCAGACCACCACCAGUAUACAUCCCUCCUUCCACGACUAGAGCCCCACCUACCUAUUCCACCAUCUUACCAGCAACCAGAACAACAGGCUACAACUACCCCCAACCUAGUAUACCGUUUUCACUGCCAACAACAAGGAGAACACCCCCUCCUACGAGACCUCCGCCAGUAUACAUCCCCCCUAGCACUACACCACCACCGGUAUACAUUCCUAGAACAACCAGGCCACCUCCAGUAUACAUUCCACCUUCCACAAUCAAGCUACCAGUAUACCAACCCCCUACGACUCGACCGCCUUUCGUAGCCGACCAAGGUUAUUUCUACGAUCGUCCUCAAGUACCAUUCGUGUAUUAAAUUAGUUUAAAUUUUAAGUACAAGUCUUUAAGUUGCCAUAAAUGUGAUACCAAACUAUGUACUUAUUAAGUACAGGAGUAGCAGUCCUUAUUAUUAAAUUUUGUUUCAUUAAGUUUAACGAAUUGUAAUAUAUUUAUGUACGUAAGUAUAUAUUGUUAUAUAAAUAUGUGUUGCCAUUGUUACCGCGAUUUUUAUUAUAUAUUAAUUAUAUAUAUUAUGUUAAAUUGUGAAAAUACUCAAAA